AAGCUGAUAUGUUUGGACUUAACGAGACAGACAGCAUCAGUACAAUACAGCUGGUUGAAACUAAAAAUAAUUCGGACUGCGGCAGUAUGAGCGAAGAUGAAGCAAAACUAGCAAUAUCCUGUUCCUAUUGGUUGGAAGGGGUUCUACUGACUGUAGUUGGGUGUAUUGGCAUCUUGGGUAAUCUUGCGAAUAUAAUAAUUCUCAACAGUAAAUCCGUUUCAAACUUCUUUAAUACACUUCUCAGUAUUCUCUCCUUCUCCGACCUUAUCUUCAUCACCCUUACUGUGUUGGACUAUAGUCUUAUCAGAGGUAAACAAUCUCUUAUUAGAGGUAAACAAUCUCUUAUCAGAGGUAAACAAUCUCUCAUCAGAGGUAAACAAUCUCUAAUAGAGGUAAACAAUCUCUUAUCAGAGGUAAACAAUCUCUUAUUAGAGGUAAACAAUCUCUUAAUAGAGGUAAACAAUCUCUUAUCAGAGGGAACCUACCCACUGUGCAAUAAUAUAUAG